CGCUCCAAUAACAUAAUAACUUGUGGGGUGUAUAUAUUUUAUCCUGUUUGCUCUAUCUUUCUAUUGUAUUCUCACCCUUCUUUCUUUCUUUUCUCUUUUUAAGUAUGAAUCAUACUUUUCUUAUUCACGUCUCAAAAACAAUACCUCGGAAUAAAGUAAACCAGGCUAUCUGGUCUCAACUACAAUCGCCUGCAUCUACAAAACCCUUGAGUUUGCGUUCUUUCUCGACAAGCCGCAGUCAAGGUAACGUAUCUAUCUGGGGUGGCCAAGGUGUAGCUGGAGCCAUAAAAAAGAACCGCUCGGUCUGCAUUGGACUUGAACCUAUUCGCAACGUAGCAGGCUUACGUCGCACUGCUUCCUCUUUAUCAACAGUCGAGUUACGUGAUCGUGAUCCAAAAGAUAACCCUUCGGACCAACCACCACCCCCAAGCAAUGGAGGAAGUGAUGCUGGUGGUAGCGAAGGCGGAGGCCAUGGAAGUAAUAAUGGCGGGAAUGAUGGGAAAUCAGGAAAGAAUCAUUCUUGGGAUGUAGUGGAUAACCAGCUUCAGAAACCAACCGUGCCCGAAGUAUAUCCUCAAGUAUUGGCUCUUCCAAUUGCUGGUCGACCUUUGUUUCCUGGAUUCUAUAAAGCUGUUGUGAUCAAAGAACCUUCAGUUACUGCAGCUAUUAAAGAAUUGAUGAAGCGUGGUCAACCUUAUGUCGGUGCAUUCUUGUUGAAGGACGAAGGUUUAGAUGUAGACACGAUCACCAAUAUUGAUCAAGUUCAUAAAGUGGGUGUAUUUGCACAAAUUACAAGUGUAUUUCCUGCAUCGUCUGGAAAGGAAGAGACAGGACUAACUGCAGUUCUGUAUCCUCACAGACGUAUCAAGAUCAAUGAACUUUUACCAAUCAAAGAAAAACACACAAUUGCUGCAGUAGAAGAAGUUACGUCAAAAAAAGAACUUGCUGUCAAUGAGAGUGAACAGGCUGUCAAGAAAGCAGAGUCCGAAUUCGAGCCAGAAAAAACAGUUGCUCAAAAAUCAGAAUUCUUGUCUGAGGAAGAAGCUGCUGCUGCUGCUGAAAACAAUACAAAAGAAUCACAAUAUGCUACCUCAUUCCUAGCUGAUGAUUAUGCUGUUUCUUUAGUCAACGUUGAUAAUUUUGUAGAGCCUGAAUUUUCAAAAAAGAGCCCUUACAUCCGUGCUGUCACUUCUGAAAUUGUGUCUGUAUUCAAGGAAAUUGCUUCUUUGAAUCCAUUAUUCAGAGAUCAGAUUGCCAGUUUCUCCAUGUCACAGUCUGCUGGUAAUGUAUUUGACGAGCCUUCUAAAUUGGCCGACUUUGCUGCUGCUGUAUCUGCAGGUGAGGCUCUAGAACUUCAAGAAGUAUUGGAGACUUUACCAGUAGAAGAAAGACUUCAAAAGUCGCUUGUUGUACUCAAAAAGGAAUUAAUGAAUGCUCAAUUACAAAACAAGAUCUCCAAGGAUGUUGAAAGCAAGAUUGCUAAACGUCAACGAGAAUAUUUCUUGAUGGAACAAUUGAAAGGCAUCAAGAAAGAAUUGGGAUUGGAAAGCGAUGGCAAGGACAAAUUAGUAGAGGGCUUUAAGGAAAAAGCCAGCAAACUGGCCAUGCCUGCUACCGUUAAGAAAGUGUUUGACGAGGAAAUCAACAAACUCGCUCACCUUGAGCCUGCCGCUUCAGAAUUCAACGUUACUCGCAAUUACUUGGACUGGAUUACUCAAAUUCCAUGGGGAAAACGCUCUCGUGAAAACUACAAUGUGUUGCGUGCCACUGGUAUUUUGGAUGAAGAUCAUUAUGGUCUUAAGGACGUGAAGGAUAGAAUUUUGGAAUUUAUUGCUGUCGGUAAAUUAAGAGGCACUGUUGAAGGAAAGAUUCUCUGUCUUUCCGGCCCCCCUGGUGUAGGUAAGACAUCCAUUGGCAAAAGUAUUGCCCGUGCUCUUGACCGUGAAUUUUUCCGCUUCUCUGUGGGUGGCUUGAUGGAUGUAGCUGAAAUCAAGGGUCAUCGUCGCACUUAUGUGGGUGCUAUGCCUGGUAAAGUGAUUCAGGCUUUAAAGAAAGUUCAGACUGAAAACCCCUUGAUUUUGAUUGAUGAAAUUGAUAAGCUCGGCAAAGGACAUCAAGGCGACCCAUCCUCUGCACUUCUGGAAUUAUUGGAUCCUGAACAGAAUAGCAGCUUCUUGGAUCACUAUAUGGAUGUUCCCGUAGACUUGUCCAAGGUUCUCUUUGUCUGCACAGCUAACGUGCUUGAUACUAUUCCUGGCCCACUUUUGGAUCGUAUGGAAGUCAUUCAAUUAUCUGGCUACAUUGCUGAAGAAAAGGCAGCUAUUGCUGAGAAAUACUUGGCUCCUACCGCAAAGAAGGCUGCUGGUCUUGAAAACGUAAAUGUCAACUUGACUUCUGAAGCCAUUGAUACACUGAUCAAGAGCUACUGCCGUGAAAGCGGUGUGCGUAACUUGAAGAAGCACAUUGACAAGGUCUUUAGAAAGGCUGCCUUCCAAGUCAUAAAACAAGUUGGUGAAGAAGAACCUGAAACCCCUAAGCAAGAAGAAAAAGACAAAGCGACAGAUAAGAAGGAAGAGACUCAAGAGACAUCAGUAGUCAAAGAAGAGACAAGAAAGCCUCUCAUUGUGUCCAAGGAUGUUGUUAUCGAUAUCACAAGCGAUAAUUUGAAAGACUAUGUUGGUCCUCAAGUCUACCAAGCUGAACGUCUUUAUGACCAAACACCUCCUGGUGUAGUUAUGGGCUUGGCCUGGACAAGUAUGGGUGGCUCUUCGCUUUACAUUGAAUCCGUUCUUGAAUCCUCCCUUAGUCCCAAAUCUACACCCCAUCUCUCAAAGACUGGUCAAUUGGGCGAUGUCAUGAAGGAAUCUACAAGCAUUGCCUACACUUAUGCCAAAUCAUUGAUGGCUAUGCAUUUCCCCAAGAACAAGUUCUUCGAUAAAGCUAAGGUUCACUUACAUUGCCCUGCUGGUGCCGUACCAAAGGAUGGACCUUCUGCCGGUGUCACCAUGACCACUGCCUUACUUUCUUUAGCUCUCAACAAGCCUGUCAGCUCAAAUAUUGCCAUGACAGGUGAAUUGACCGUUACUGGUAAAGUAUUAAAGAUCGGUGGUUUGAAAGAAAAGACGAUUGCAGCCAAGCGUUCCAAGGUAGAUACUAUUUUGUUCCCUAAGGAUAACCAAGCCGAUUGGGAUGAAUUACCCGAAUACAUCAAAGAAGGUUUAACUGGUGUUCCUUGCGAUACUUAUCAAGACGUUUAUCAAGUUGUGUUUAAGGAUGUAAAGAAAGAAGAUGUCGAAAAUGUAUGGAGCGAUGUCCUUAAAGAAGAAGAAGAAGUAAAGGCAGCCACCUCCUAAAUCAAUUGCAAUGACUCUUUUUUAGAAUAGAUAAUAGAAUGUUGUAUGUGGAUGUAUAAAUAAAGA